AUGGCAGAGCACAGUAUUAUUUUAAGAAAGACUGAAGAAGCUAGACUUGAUCAACUCUAUCAAACUAAGUGUGAUGAAGAUGGGCUGAUGAAUAUCACUUAAUUCUUCUUGCUAGCAAUAGAAAGAAAUAUGAUAUCAAACAAGCAUGGAAUCGAGAUAUUCUAUACUGCAUUUAAAGAAGCUUGUGGACCAGAAAAUGUGUUCCUAGAUAACACUAAGUUUUACUAUGCAAUAGUAUUGUUAUCUAAGGCAUUAUUUGGACAAGAGGAUAAUCCUUUUGAGACAAUGUUUUCAUAAAUGCUCGUAGAUUAAAUUAUGACAAGUGAUAAUAGAUUAAUCGGGGGAAGAGUUCCUAAAAUGGAGGAAGAGACUUUAGAGAUAUUAUCUGAGGAAGCAUUAGUAGUGUAUUUGAACUAUCUUGAUUAGUUGAAGCAGCUAUUUACUUAAUUUGUGCAUACUAAUUUCAAUGCAGGAAAAAGAGUAGUCAGCUGGAGAGAUAUCGAGGAGAAGAAUAUAGUUAUGAUUUGCAGAUGCUUCCUUAAGCUCGCUAGAGUUAAAUUCCUUAUUCCUCAUAUGCUAAACGUUGAGUUCCUGGAAGAGCUUAUUAAAGCUACCAUUCCACCAAUGACUGCUGAUGAAUACUCAUUUUUUGAAGAGUCUCAUGAAAUCAUAAGAACGUAUGAGGCAGAUAAAAAUUACUAAACAACAUAAUGCGAACCAAAAGAUGGAGAACCUGGAUUAUUGUUUCAUGAAUUUAUCUUUGUUCUUGGUAGAAUUGCUUGCAAUUGUGUCAACACCUCAGAUAAUAUAGCGGGAAAAUUGAAUGAUUUCCUUGUAGAAAAACUUAGUUUUCACAGAGCAUAAACGAUUCAUAAAGCACCGAUAAAUUAUGAUGAUGUGACUAGAAAAACAGCUUACACUGGAGGAGUUGGCUCAGACGAGGAGGAUAUUUUCUCAGAUGAAGAGGGUGAUGAUGGAUGGGAAACUGAUUCAGAACUUGAUGAGCAGCAAAAAUUAUUUUAAGAAUUCCUUAAUAAAAAAGCUGAAGAAGAAAAGGACUUUAUACUUGAUUACGAUUAAAUACUUAAUGAACUUGACGGGCUAAUUCCACCUAUCCCUCCAAAGCCUCUUGUUGAUCAAGUUAACCCAAGGCCAUAUAAACUUCCAAGAGUUUUAUUUGGAAAGCAUAUGCCUAAGCCUGAUGAUGAAGGUGAUGGGAAGAAGAAGAAAAAGAAAUAGGCAAAAAAGGCGCCAGCAAGAAAGAAAGAUGAACCACCUCCAAAGCCCAUUAAGUGGGCGGAUGCUCCAACAAAACCAGAACCUUAGACUCUUGAUUUAGUCAGAUAGGCAAGAAAGGAGAUGAUUGAUAAUGUAUUUCCUUGCAAUAUUAGAGGAGAGCAUUGUAACUCCGGAGUGGCACCGUGUUUGAUUAAAGAGGUAUUUUUCCCACCUGAUGCACCUCAUGAAAUUGCUACUCUAAUUGAAUCAGCUAUUGUAUAUUAGAAUUCGGGACAUUAUGAAAUGGCAGUACAUUCUUUUGAGUAAGCUAGAAUACAGUGGAGAUCCACUUUAAAUGUAGCAAAGCUUAGGAAUGAGCUAGAACUAUUCUUUGAGAUGAGUUUAGGUUCUGUAUACGAAUCUUGUGGGAAAGAUGAUAUUGCUUUAAGCUGUUAUAUGAGAGCUAAAAAUAUAAAUUUAGUUUAUAAUCAUCCAGAUAAGGCCUUCCCAUUCUGCGGUUUGGGUAGUGUCCUUUAUCAUAUGGAUGAGCCCGCUUGGUCUUUACGGUGCUACAUGCAAGCGAGGGAAAUUAGAGAGGAAAGACUUGGAGGGGAUACAGUAGAUACUGCAACAGUUUAUAAUAAUCUAGGCUGCUGUAUGUAUAUGCUAGAAAGAAAUCAAGAAUGCUUAGCCUAUUUUGAGCUAGCUCAUGCUAUUUUAGAAUGUGAAUUAGGUCCUUAACAUGAAAGGACAAUGACUGCCUAACGAAAUAUAAUGAAAAGCAAUAGGACAGUUUUAAAUAUAAAACCAGAGUUUAGGUAAUUAUGGACAACUGCUGUACCUCAUCCAGCUCCAAAGAUAAAAAAGAAGAAGAAGGGCAAGAAGGGGAAAAAGAAGAAGUGA